AUGAGACUAAAUACAACCCCAGAUUCCUUAGGGGAGACAACUCACAAUUCUGAGAAUUACUCUACAGUUACUUUGCUAUCAGAACUGACUUCUAAAGUGUUAAGACAAACAGAGCCUUCACUAGUGACGUCUAGCUGGCAGACUUCUUCAGUACCUGCCUUCUCAAAGUCUGUGUCAUCACAGGUGUUACAUCAAACUGUGGCCAAUUUGACUACAAGUACAGCUACAUAUGUCUCACCUCUGAUGAAUUCUACAAACACAACAGGAUUACCGGAUAAUCUGGGCAGUUGUAGUGACUGGCAAGAAGUUCAACAUGCACUGUUCCAGUUAGCCAAUCUGUGCCUGGUUUUAUCGUUCUUAACACCAACAAACUUUCAACAUCAUGCAUUUUUUCUACGAUUUAUUUUAGGGUUUGGAUAUUUAUUUUUCUCUGUAUGGGCCGGAUUAUUCGUUUGUAUGCCUGAUGUUCUAAGCUGGAAUUGUUUGUUCUUUUUGGUAAACACAGGACAUUUGACUUAUCUUGUAUACAGAAUGUUUCCGACAAGAUUCAGAAGUGAGUUAGAAGAAUUAUACAGUAAAGUGUUUAAACCUUUAAAAGUGUCACGUCAGCAGUUUCGAGAUAUUAGUGACCAAGGUGAACUCUAUGUGCUGACGAGGGGAACAUUUUAUGCGAAGGAAGGUUGCACAGAGGGGGGACGUAAACUAUCAAUACUCGUAAAAGGCAGGUUAAAAGUGCUGUAUCAGCAGUUAUUUCUACAUUUCAUCGAGGCUGACCAGCUAGUCGACUCACCUGAGUAUGAUUCUUAUCGCCUGAGUGGGCACUCAGGAACUACUUACCAGGUUUCAAUUGAAGCAGCAGAUGACAGCCUUUUACUGACGUGGCCCAUUCCACAGCUGAGAAAACAUCUAGAUUCAGACAGUUUCAUGGCAGCCAUUCUCCACAUCCUGGUGGGGAAGGAUGUCAGUACCAAACUUUACCAGAUACAAGAACUGUUACUCAAUAAUCCAAACUAUAUGCAGUCUGUGUCCAGUCGGCGGUCAUCACUGGUCAAUGUACGCAGUGCAAUCGUAACAAAUAAAUCCAAUCCAGACUUGAACAGAUUAAAUUGCUUUGGAAUUGAUCUCAAAGGUUGGCCUUCAUCAUCUUCUGCUUCAAAUUCAAAUUUUGAUGCCUCACAGUAUCCAAAAGACACAUAUGAAAGUUGUGUAUGA